UUGCACGUAUGUAGUGAAAACUUAUCUGAAGUAUGCCCUGUACUCUAGUACAAAUCUGAACACUGGCCUUUUGAUGUAAGUUAGGAAAUAUCAAUGUCAAGAACUACCUUCGGGCCAAGAUCAGUAAAAUUAAUGCAAGCGCCAUAGAAUGCCCCUUCGAGAUGCCAUUGGAACGUGGGUCACGCUUCAAGACUUACAUAGGCUAUCUGUCCACUUGCUUCCCAUUUCUCAAGUUAUAAUAGUAUUUUGUCUGUUUUUGCUUUUAUUCACGUAUGUGCAUAUUUAUUCAGUAUUCGUAAAUGUGAAGGCUAGAUGAUUAACCACGGUUGCUUUGUUUUCCUCUGAAUUAUUCAUGAUCAUCCGACGAUAUAGUAGCGCAGGGUAGGUAAAAGCUUACUCUACUUACUGGAGGCGUCGACGAGCACAACGGCUUUGCGGGGGCAACCCACCUCACCACCGCAAGAGCAUCAUAACCAUGCAGAGUUACGGUAAUGUUUUUCGUCUCUGGUUAUAACGGAACGAAAUUUAUUUGGGCAUUUAUUUAUUUAUUUAUUCAUAUACUGUCGUAUUAAACGAAACAUCAGAUUGAUCUACAAUAGCUUCUCAAGAAUCUCCUCAAGAAUGUGGAACGAUUCCGAGCCACUGACUGGAUGCGAUAUGGGACGCAGCCUUAAUAUUUCCCUCACUACAAUCUACACAUUGAUGUGUUUGAUCGGGACUACGUUAAACGUUCUGGUGAUUUACCUGGUCUUGUCAUUUAAGAAACUCAGGACUUGCAGCAAUGCCUUCAUUGUGAACGGCUGCGUUGCUGAUCUUUUGAUGUGCGCGUUUUGGAUGCCUCACGAGGCUGUGUUUAUCUCCACUGGAGCACCUUCCGCGGUUGGGUACCACGCUUUUAAAGAAGCUGUUCUGUUUCUUGGAAUCACAGUCUCUCUUCUCUCCCACUCCCUCAUUGCAGUGAACAGAUACGUCUUAAUUACGAAGGUUCCUGCAACAUACAUGUCGCUGUAUCAAAAACGACACACAGAGUGGAUGAUAUGUGCGUCGUGGCUUAUAUCGCUCGGAUGUCUGCUGCCAUGGCUCUCAGCUCCUCUUUACCAAAAAGAAAGAUGCUUAGAUCUACAGGUUGCAACAUCCUUCACAAGAAGAUCCGUUCUGUCAAACCCUUUUGCGGCUGGUACCUUAGCACUCACCAUUUUUGCCCAUACUGUGGUUGUUUUGUAUUGCUAUUUCAAAAUAUUUCGCAGAGUGCAGAUCAGCGUGAAAAGAGUUAGCAUAUUAAAUUUUCAAAUCGUGAACAAUCUCCCCUACUCUUUUCCGAGGAAGGACAAGCGCCUUGGGUUUUACGUAUUGGCUGUGUGUUGCAUCUUUCUUCUCACUACCGAACCGCUCUUCUGGGUUUUAUUUGUGGGUCUUUUAAAAACAUUGCCUGCAGCAGUUCGGACAGCCACAUGGAUGGUCUUCUGCACUCUCUUCGUAUUGAAUCCGUUUCUCUACACUUGGAAGAACGAAGAAUUUAGGAAGUCUUUCAGAUCGGUUGUAAGAGGAGAAUUAUGGAGAGGGUCGACGGUUGGUGUUGAGCCUGUCAUGAUCAAUACUAUCUCUCACCUCUUACCGAGACAGAACAGCAGAAGAACAUUCCUUGGCGAAGUGAAUUAAACUGUGACUUCCUCACCAGUGAAAUAUGUAUGUGUAAUAGGCCUGUACACCUGGUUUUAAGAACCUGUAAACCCUGAAUUCGUCGAUACGAGCUACGUUAAUUAAUUAAAUUAUUUAAUGAAUUAAUUAAACCUGUAAGCCUACUUUUAAAAUCAGUUUUCACUAAAAAAACAAGGUGUUCAAGCAAAAUAAAAGUUGAAAUAAGUUGAAACUGACAGAGUUGAGAUCAAGUGUGUUAUAGCUGAAGGUUAACUUAAUUGGUUGUAACACGUAGUCUAUUGCGGUUGUCCACAGAUUGUUCUAUCUCACUAUUGGGAGAAAUUGUGCAUAGCCCUGGCGAUUUCUUUAGAAAUGUAUUAGACACCCGUGAAAAUGACGUGUCUUGCAUACUAUUUAUUGUAGGUAGUGCUGUAAUGUAAACUGAGAACAUGAAUAAGAAAAAAUAUCCUAUUAUAUAAUAAAUAAGCCCAUAAUGCAAAUAUUCUUUUUAGCUCUUGAAUGUAUUUGUUUCUUUUUGGUGACACCAGCGAGAAAACCAGUUAUCCAUUUUCAUUCCUUGACCUGUUUUUUUAUUUUAUUUUAUUUUUUUUUUAGCAAGGAUGUAAUAUCUUUUGUAUUGAUCUUGUUAAUUUAAAUGUUCCUCUUGUGAGUGCACUCAUGAAGAUACUGAACAUGCAUUUUUGAGAGUAAAAACGUCCCAUUACGUAUUAGAGUUGAUACCUCCAGUUUCUUCCUUUUCAUUAUGGUAAAAUACAGUAAUACAAGGAUGAGCGGGGCGUUAUUAUGGAUAUAGGCUAGUUUUGCCGAAAACACCUAUUAACUAACCUACACGUGCCGUUCGUAAAUAUAUAUUUUGUCGAUCAUUUGAGGUCUUGAACCAAUUCUAAAGUUUUUGCAUGCAUUUUUGCAUGCAUUUCUAAUGCAACUCUUCUUCUAAAAAUUAACAAGUCAGCAUUUCAUCAGAUGAAACUGUAGUCAACCAUGGUGAACAGUCCAGUGUUAAUUCAACUUUAACAGCGUUAAUUCCACUCUUAACAGAUAACAUUUGGUUCCACAUUCCAGAGUGGGAUCAAAUGUUGUCGGUUAAGAGUUGAAUUAACACUGUUAGCGUUGAAUUGACUCUGAACAUAUUACUGUGCAGGCUAUUUUUUUCAAUUCACAUGUUAUUUCGACGACAGCUGUUUUCAAAUGCACAGAUUGAAAAGUUAAAGAAAAUGAAAACAAGUGAAUAAAACAUGCUGAUGGGAUGACAUUUGUUGAUGUAAUGAAGGUCGAUCCCAUCAUCUUUUCUAAUGCACUGAACUUGAAUCCAGACUGGGUGGACCAUGGGAGACUGCUCAAAUGGGCAGUUAAAUUAACAGAGUACAAUGACAACCAGGGGGAAGACUGAAAUUCUGAGUGUAACUUGUAUUUUACCACCACAGACUGACAUUACUGUUGCCCAGAAAAAAGAAAAUCUGCAAACAUUUAUAGUUUCCAGGCUUAAUAAAUAACAUCAAAUUGUAAUAAAAGUAAAUGUUUAUGGAUCUGACCAAAACAUAUCAAGAGCUAUCUGGGCAAAGUUAAUACAUUGACAAAAUAAUUUAACCUAACUGGCUUGUACAUCUCAGGGUUUAUCAUAGAUUGAUCUGAUCUUAUUGAAUAGCCUUUUUGUAAGAAUAAUUUAAGAUUACAUGUCCAAAGGCCCACGCAAUUACACAAUUUAUUUUAAAACACAUAGGGAAUCGAAUCAAUUUCUUUGAUUCACCUUUUUACAGGUUUUAUCCACCAUCACAACCAAGGACCAAUGACCUAUAUUAUGAAUACAUAGGCUCGAGUGAUGUGGCAGACACAAGAAGCAAAGUAUCUCUGGAAUUAUAAUGGAGUUUUUACUUUCAAAUUAAGCAGUUGUUACUGUGCAUGUGAGUUUAAAGUACAAAAUAAAGUUUGUAAUUUUUCAAAUAA